GUAAGGAUGUGGGGAGUAGGAGAGAUAGGAACAUAUAAAAGGAAAUUGCAUGUGCCUGUUAUGUGUUUUUAUCCCAUGUUUUCCACAAGGUCCAUGAAUGUAAAAUGAAGCUAUUCCUCCUAAUCUGCUUGCUGGUUUCUUGCUGUUGCCACGCUGGGGCAGUGAACCGGGAGUACUAUAUUGGCAUUACAGAGACUGUCUGGAACUAUGCACCUGGCAAUACCAGUGCCAUCUCUGGACAGCUUUUUGCAGAAGAAGAGCAGGCUGAAGUCUUUCUCAAAAGAGGACCACACAGGAUAGGAAACACUUACAAGAAGGCUAUCUACGUUCAGUAUACCAAUCAUUUAUAUGACGUGAUAGUUGACAAACCUUCCUGGCUGGGUUUUUUAGGUCCUAUAAUUAAGGCAGAAGUUGGAGAUUCCAUUACUAUUCACUUGAAAAACUUUGCUUCCAGAAACUACACACUGCAUCCACAUGGUGUAAGAUACACAAAAGAAAAUGAAGGUGCUUUUUAUCCUGACACUACCAAAGAUUUGCAAAAGCAAGAUGAUGCCGUAGAGCCUGGAGGCCAGUACACUUAUACAUGGGACGUGACAGAAGAUCAAGGUCCAGCUAAAGCAGAUGCAGACUGCAUAACCAGGGCUUACCACUCCCACAUAGAUGCUCCAAGAGAUGUUGCCUCAGGGCUUGUUGGGCCUUUAAUAAUUUGCAGGAAAGAUACAAUGAAUAGGGACAAUGAUCAACACUUUGAUGCUGAAUUUAUCCUUAUGUUUUCUGUGGUGGAUGAAAAUCUCAGUUGGUAUCUAGAGGACAAUAUCAGAACAUAUUGUUUUGAGCCUUCCAAAGUGGACAAAGAUGAUGAGGACUUCCAGGAAAGCAAUAAAAUGCACUCAAUCAAUGGGUACAUGUAUGGAUACCUCCCAAACCUCACAAUGUGUGUGGAAGAUAAGAUAAAAUGGCAUCUUUUUGGCAUGGGUAAUGAAGCUGAUAUCCAUUCAGCCUACUUUCAUGGACAGACUUUAAUAGAAAGACAUCAUCGAGUUGACACCAUCAGCCUCUUCCCAGCCACAUUCAUUGAUGCUGUCAUGGUACCAAGGAGCCCUGGGGAAUGGCUGCUCAGCUGCCAAGUGAAUGACCACAUUGAAGGUGGUAUGCAGGCCCUUUUUAAAGUAGAAGAUUGUAAGAAAUCCACACCAGGUCACAGUGAGAGUACAAAGAUAAGACAGUACUUCCUUGCUGCUGAAGAGAUCAUCUGGAAUUAUGGCCCAUCUGCAGUGAACCAUUUUACAGGACAAGAAUUAAUUGUUGACAGUGAAUCUCACAUCUUUUUUGAACAAAGUGAGACAAGAAUUGGUGGCUCCUACAAAAAAGCAAUUUACAAAGAAUACACAGAUGAUUCUUUCACUGAAUAUAAAAAAAGACUUGCAGAGGAAGCUCACCUUGGACUCCUAGGACCUGUGAUCAGGGCUGAAGUGGGUGAGCGCAUCAGGGUGACCUUCCGGAACAAUGCCAGCCGCCCGUUCAGCAUCCAGCCCCACGGCGUGAGCUACCGCAGGAGCGCGGCCGGGGCGCGCUUCGGCACCGCGCCCGCAGGUACCGAAUCUCCAGCCUCUCAUGUGAAUCCCGGCACCACAUUUACAUAUGAAUGGGAUGUGCCAGAAGAUGUGGGUCCCACAGAGCAAGACCCAGACUGUUUAACCUGGCUUUAUUACUCAGCUGUGGAUGCAGUCAGAGACACCAGUUCUGGCCUUGUGGGUCCUCUCCUAGUGUGCAGGAAAGGAGCUCUGCUUUCUUCUGGGAAACAGAAAAAUGUGAACAUGGAGUUUUUUCUACUUGCCACAGUAUUUGAUGAGAAUCUGAGCUGGUAUUUGGAUGAUAAUAUUUUGAUGUUUACACUAAGUCCUGAUAAAAUUGACAAAGAUGAUGAAGGCUUCCAAGAAUCUAACAAAAUGCACUCUAUUAAUGGUUAUAUGUAUGGAAAUCAGCCUGGUCUUGAGAUGUGUAAAGGAAGUGUUGUUUCCUGGCAUUUGAUGGGCUUGGGUUCAGAAGUUGAUGUCCAUGGGAUAUACUUCUCAGAAAACACAUUUGUAACUAAAGGAACAAGAAGGGAUACAGCAAAUCUGUUUCCACAUACAGUUCUUACAGCUAUUAUGAAGCCUGAUUCUGAAGGAGUAUUUGAAGUGUCCUGCCUGACAGCAGACCACUACACUGGGGGCAUGAAACAGAACUACAAAGUGAAAAAAUGCCACUGGUGGAAUGUAGAUUUGUCUACGUAUUUGCAUGAAAAGAUUUACUACAUUGCUGCAGUGGAAGUUGAAUGGGACUAUUCUCCUAACAGGACAUGGGAAUUCGAGCGGCAUCAAUACCAUAAGGAAAGCCCUGGCAAUCCAUUUUUAAAUAAAGAUGAAAAAUUCAUUGGCUCAAAGUACAAAAAGGUAGUAUAUCGUGAGUACACCGAUCAGACAUUCAGUACUCCCAAAAACAGAGCAAAGGAGCAGCAGCACCUGGAAAUUCAAGGGCCGCUGCUUGUGUCAAAUGCUGGAGAUAAAAUUAUAAUAGUUUUCAAGAACUUAGCAUCAAGACCUUAUUCUAUCCAUGCCCAUGGAGUGAAAACAGACAGUUCUGUUGUUGCUGUAACUAACCCAGGUGAUACAAAAAUAUAUGUCUGGAAAAUCCCAGAGAGAUCUAGUCCUGGGAGAGGAGAUUCACAUUGUAUUGCAUGGGCAUACCAUUCAACAGUGGACAUUGUUAAGGACACUUACAGCGGAUUAAUAGGCACACUUGUUGUGUGUCAUAGACAUUACCUGCCAUCAUUUCAUACUAAAAAGAAAGUUCAGUUUGCUCUUCUCUUUAUGGUUUUUGAUGAAAAUGAGUCAUGGUACUUGGAUGAAAACAUUAAAACGUAUUCUACCAACCCACACCUUGUUGACAAAGAGGAUGAGGGAUUCCUUGAAAGUAAUAAAAUGCAUGCCAUUAAUGGAAAGGUGUUUGGAAAUUUGCAUGGCCUGACUAUGCACGUUGGAGAUAAUGUCAGCUGGUAUCUGAUGGGAAUGGGCAAUGAGAUAGACAUUCACACAGUACACUUCCAUGGCCACAGCUUUGACUACAAGCAAACAGGCAUUUACCGGGCAGAUGUCUUUGAUCUGUUCCCUGGGACAUCUCAAACUGUGGAAAUGACCCCACAGAACCCUGGAACCUGGCUGUUACACUGUCACGUUACUGACCACAUCCACGCAGGCAUGGAAGCGACCUACACUGUGCUCCCAAAGGAAGAAGAUCCAGUUUCUGACUCUAACCAUCUAUCAAGACUAGACUAUCUCCACCCCUCAUCUCACUCUUUCUGAAGAAAUGCUGAAAUGUGAGUAAAGGAGCAAUUGAGGCUGCUUUUCUUUCCCACAACAAUGUCAUUAUGAAAAAAAAUAGAAGCAAAACCAGUAUCACAGGCCAACCUUGAAAAAGGUAUCUGCUUCUUCUAGUUCAAUUUUACUGUUCUCAUGUAAAGCCACAGUGGCAGCCACCAGUAAACCAGGCUGCAUCUCCUUCAGGUGAACAGCAAACUCAGUUGGCAUAACAAUUCCUUCCGUACGCUGCUGCAGGAGCCGUGGCUGCCCAAUGAAGCCACAAGCCAGUGUUGUCUACAAACAUAAAUAGAUAUAAAUCAGGUAAAGAAUUCAAUAUACAGAUUAUUCUACUCAGUAAAUUCAGUAUUUCCUCAGGCAGUGAAAUUUAGAUGGAAGUAGUCAGGGAAGAAAGCAAAUCCUUUCUGCAAUUCAUAGAGUAGCUCUCCAGAGACAGAUCCAAACCACAUUCUGGAGCAGCGACUCCUGAAAAACAGGCCUUGUGCCUAAACACUGAAAGUAAUAUGCAAUUGAAAGAUGGAGUUAUUGUGCACAUAAAAUGGAUUUCACUAAGUAAUCCAAGACAUUUGAUGUACAGGGUGGUUUGUAAAAUCACUGGCUGACUUUUCAAGAGGCUACUUUGCAGAAGUGUGAUUUUUAUUUUGAAAAUACCCCUGAAACAAUGAUCAAAAUGUGCUUCACUUUGCGCAACAAGAAGCUAUUUUGAGUUAUGUGAGUGCUUAUGAAGAUGAUUAUAAUAUAUUAUUCCCAUUUUAAAGACAGUGGCAAAAUAAUGCCUAAGUAAAUUAAAUUAAUUACACAAGACAUGUAAGGCAGACCUAGAAGAAAUAUUAAGAUUAGCUUUCUGAAAAUGUUUUUUCCUACUUUGAAAUACAAUGCUUUUUUAAAGGUGAAGAGCAAUAGAACAUAUUUAACGGAUCAGAUUAGAAAGAAAGAAAGAAAAUCCAACCAAAACACUCAAGCCUAAACCACCUUAUUCUCAAAAUAACAUCCAGGCAAUGUGUUUGCUCACAACAUGGCAAUUUCACUUGAUCGUGCUGCAAAAGCAGGUGGUGCUGAAUAUAAUUUUUGAAACAGCUCCCACAGCUCCAACCCUGGAACUCAAAACCAGCCACCUUUAAAAACUCUGCAGGACUUUUUCCACCAAAGCACAAUAUCUAAUUUUGAAUCAGCCAUCCAUUUAUUUCAAAAAUGUUUAGACUCCUAAUAUUCAGUUGCAAACUCUAUCACAUUUUAAUAUUCCACAGUCUUGAUCAAACUCAACAAGAAGUAAUUUACAGACUGGUCUCACACAAUGUAAACAUCUGUGGCAGAGACAGCUCCACUAACAUUUUUGCCCCCAUUGAUGAUGAAUUCUUACUUUGAUAGCUCUGAAGUAGGUUCUGAUCUGGUCUUAAAAGAGUUAAGUGCUUUGAUUCCACAAAAAAUGUGAAAUUGUAUACAGAAACUUUAGUUUGUAAGCACAAUGGAAAAUAUUCUGUUCAAGAAAAAUUUUAUAAUGGCUGUUUGCAUACAGAUGGUGUUUUGACGGGCAUAUAUUAAUUUCAGGUAGAGAAGUGUAGAAAUGCUACUAUACAAUCCUCCCAUGCAGCUGAAGAGCACUGGCAGAGUUGGUUAUAUCCCAGUAAAACAACAUCUAAUUGAUCAAGAAUAAAGAGCUUCAAAACUUGCUUAUUUUGUAAGUCUUCACCAAGACAAGACUACCCUAUCUGCAGGGCAAACUGUACAGUCACAGUGUAUGUCAGCCCUCCAUUCUACUGUUACUGCAGACAUUUAGUGGAGCCUACACAGCCUAUCCGGGGAAAGAGGAGUGACUGGAAGCUUCUUUUACUGUAAAAUGCAACUACAAGUCAAACUAUUGCCCUGGACUUUGUAAAGCAUGAAUUGCUUAUGCUCUUGGCAUACUUUACCUCCUUAUAGGAGUGCAUUUCAUGUUCAUACAUUGCCAGGUCUCCCAUUUUCAGAGCCAAGAAAGCCUUAGUAAGUGUCAGGACCACUGAUGGCAUCAUCUUUUCUACUUUCUGAAGAUACUUCACAGCUGUCAAAGGACAUACGUUCCUCAUGCUGGGACUGCAAAGAAUAUCAGGCAGCUGCACAGGGUCCGCGAGAUAGAAUAUCUGGAGAACUUUAUUUCCUGAUUCCUAUUGAAAUAAAAGCCAUUUGACAGUUUAGACCUUUGCAGAUGUACAUUCUUCUAUGGCAUAUGAAAGUAGUGCAGUUCUGCUGUUUUGUUUUUUUUUGUGGCAGGUUUGUUUGUAUUUUUUAAAAACUGACAAGUUCAGCUUAGGUAUCAAAUCACAGCACCUUUCCUGUUUCUCUCCUCCCCACUGUUAAAAGUAAAGGAUUUAUAACUGGUAGUGAUUCAACCCAUAUUAUGGCAUAUUCUGGUAGGAGAACAUCUACCAACAAAAUGCAUCUAUUUUUUAGCAAUCUGUACAGUUUAGCAAUGAUCAAAGAAACAGCUUGUUUUGCUACAGAAAUGGGAGAUGACAGAAAUUUGAAGCAGGGCUUUCCUAAAACAGAAGUGUCUCUGUGCAAGAGAACCACAUCACAGCAACGUGAAUAAUGAUAGCCAAACCUGUAAGACGUUACUUGAAUGCAGUCCAAAGCAUCACAGGUGCUGCUUGCUAUUCAACAACAGUGGGAAAAUAAAAAUAAUGUGAAAAAAACCCCUGUAAAACUGAAAAAACCCCCCUGUAAAAAAAAAGCAGCUCAGCAUUUUCAAA